AUGAGGAACCCAUUAAUCGACUCACAAAAAUUUAUCCACACCCCCCGUAUAGCAGAUUAUCGUUGUCCUUUACUUCUCUACGCAGAUGAUGCGGUACUACUCUCUUACUCCAGAGUGGGUUUAAGGAGGGCACUAAAGAUUUUUGCAUCAUAUUGCCAUUCUAAUCAUCUGUCUAUCAACCACACCAAGUCCAAAGUACUGAUAUUUUCAAGGAGUCGAAAAUUAUAUUCAUGGAAAUUGGAGGGCACGAAAAUUGAACAAGUACAUAAAUUUAAAUAUUUAGGAAUUUAUUUUCAAUAUAAUCUAGGGUGGAAAGAGCACGUUGAAUAUCUUCAAAACAAGACAAAAGCCCUAUCACACUCCCUCCUCCGUUUUUUCUACUCUGAGGGGGCCUUAUUCAUUCCUGCGGCCUUGAAAGUGUAUAGCAUCAAAGUGAUGGCCACAAUGGCCUAUGCUGCACCUUUAUGGGCUGCCUUUGCAAACCUUUCACCUUUAGAGUCGCUUCAAAGCCAAUUCUUACGCCGACUUUUAAAACUACCAACAUGC